CUAUAAAAAGAUUUUUUUUUAAAAUAUCCUAUUUACUACCGUAAUAUUUACCCCAAUGCAUCAGUUCUAUUAUGCUAAUGGGACUGUAGAGGGCGCCACUAAAUAAGACAAACAUCAAGCGCGAGGUAUAUUUUUGAACUCACCCGAUGUGUAAAUAAACGUAUAUGAAGAAUAAACAGAGUUUAGAAUAAAUCAACUAAAUGGAAGCCGAGCAACAUCAUGGAUGACUUUUAUAAGUUGUAUAGUGGAAAAGGAUUCAACCUCCACUAGCCACCCCCCUCCCUUCCUCCAUCCUCCUCCUCAUCCUCAUCAUCGGCCAGCAUCAACAACUCUCAACCACAUGGUGACCUCAGACAGAGUGAAGAGGAGCGAGGAUGCCUCAGCUGGAAACAUUUCACUGUUGCCAACUUUGAGGAGAUACUCUAAUGGGCCAUAAGCGAAGCAAGAAGGCAGCAGUGCAGAGAUGUUUACAAAAAAAAAUCCUCCAGAGGAGGAGCGAAAGGUCAGGGCCAACGACCGAGAGUACAAUGAAAAGUUCCAGUAUGCAAGUAACUGCAUCACCACAUCCAAGUACAACGUCCUCACGUUCCUCCCCAUCAACCUGUUUGAGCAGUUUCAGGAAGUGGCCAACACCUACUUCCUCUUCCUGCUCAUACUGCAGUUGAUCCCUCAGAUCUCCUCCCUGUCGUGGUUCACCACCAUCGUGCCAUUAGCGCUGGUGCUGAGCAUCACCGCCGUGAAGGACGCGACGGACGACUACUUUCGCCACAGGAGUGACAACCAAGUGAACAACCGUCAGUCUCAAGUGCUCAUCCGUGGAUCGCUUCAGAAUGAAAAAUGGAUGAACGUCCGAGUGGGUGACAUCAUCAAAUUGGAGAACAAUCAGUUUGUGGCUGCUGACUUGCUGCUGUUGUCCAGCAGCGAACCUCACGGUCUCUGCUACAUCGAGACGGCCGAACUGGACGGAGAGACCAACAUGAAGGUGCGCCAGUCUGUCUCUGUGACGUCAGAACUCGGGGACCCCAACAACUUGGCUCAGUUUAACGGCGAAGUGAUAUGCGAGCCCCCCAACAACAAGCUGGAUCGUUUUAGCGGGACUUUGUACUGGAGGGACAAGAAAUACGCUUUGACCAAUCAGAACAUGCUCCUUCGAGGGUGUGUCCUCCGCAACACCGAGGCCUGCUACGGCUUCGUCAUCUUUGCAGGCCCAGACACCAAGUUGAUGCAGAACAGCGGCCGCACUAAGUUCAAGCGUACCAGUAUCGACCGUCUGAUGAACACUUUGGUCCUCUGGAUUUUUGCUUUCCUAGUGUGUAUGGGUGUCAUUUUGGCUGUGGGCAACGCCGUGUGGGAGCGAGAGGUGGGAACGUUGUUUCAGAGUUACCUACCUUGGGAUCCUCCGGUGGAUGGUUUUCUCUUUUCCGCUGUCCUCGCCUUCUGGGCUUAUGUUAUCAUCCUCAACACGGUGGUGCCCAUCUCGCUGUAUGUCAGUGUGGAGGUGAUCAGACUGGGCCACAGCUACUUCAUCAAUUGGGACCAGCAAAUGUUCUGCUCACAGUGCAACACACCAGCCGAGGCGCGGACCACCACGCUGAGUGAGGAGCUGGGCCAGAUUGAGUACAUCUUCAGUGACAAGACUGGAACACUCACGCAGAACAUCAUGAGCUUCAAAAAGUGCUCCAUUAAUGGACACAGUUAUGGGGAGGUAGCAGAUCCAUUGGGGCCCCAGCCAAAGAAGCUGGAUUUCACUCCUUUCAAUCCCCUGGCUGACCCAAACUUCUGUUUCUAUGAUGACACUCUGCUGGAGUGUGUGAAAGUGGGAGAUUCCCACGCUCAAGAGUUCUUCCGCCUGCUCUCCCUCUGCCACACCGUUAUGAGUGAGGAGAAGAGCGAGGGAGAGCUGGUGUAUAAAGCUCAGUCUCCAGAUGAGAGGGCUCUAGUGACAGCCGCGAGGAACUUUGGAUUUGUGUUUCGCUCACGAACGCCUGGGACCAUCACCACCACCGAGAUGGGGCGAACAGUCACCUAUACGCUGCUCGCCAUCCUGGACUUUAACAAUGCACGCAAGAGGAUGUCUGUCAUUGUCCGUAACCCCGAGGGCAGGAUCCGUCUGUACUGCAAAGGAGCUGACACCGUGUUGUUCGAGAGGCUCCGCCCCUGUAAGCAAGACCUGAUCAACAUGACCUCAGACCACCUCAAUGAGUACGCUACUGAUGGUCUACGGACACUGGCUCUGGCCUACAGGGAUCUGUCAGAGGAACAAUGGGAGAUGUGGUCAGAGAGCCACCAGUGUGCUGAGAAAGAAGAAGAUUUGCUAUCAGCUGCUUAUGAACAGAUAGAACAGGACAUGACGUUGCUGGGUGCUACAGCUAUAGAGGACAAACUGCAAGAAGGUGUCCCGGAGACCAUCGCUCUGCUCUCCCUGGCCAACAUCAAGAUGUGGGUCCUAACAGGGGACAAGCAAGAGACGGCUGUCAACAUUGGCUACUCGUGUAAGAUGCUGACAGAUGAUAUGGAUGAAGUUUUUAUCAUCAGUGGACAAAGCGUCCAGAGAGUGAAACAGGAACUCAGGAGAGCGAGGGAACAGAUGAUUACGCAAUCGCAAACAAAAGAUGCUGAUAAAAAGGAGGUUGCCGAGGGAUGUGGAGAAGCCUACGUCACGAGAUUUAGAAGAACACAAAAACAAACGCAAUUUCCUCCUUCCUCCAAACUCAUCGACAACAUCUCGGGAGAUUUCGCUCUCGUCAUCAACGGCCACAGCCUGGCCCACGCUCUGGAAACCGACGUGGAGGAGGAGUUUAUCACGACGGCGUGCGCAUGCAAAGCGGUCAUUUGCUGCCGUGUUACGCCGCUACAAAAAGCUCAAGUGGUGGAGCUGGUGAAGAAACACAAAAGGGCUGUCACCUUAGCCAUAGGGGACGGCGCCAAUGACGUGAGCAUGAUCAAGAGUGCUCAUAUUGGCGUCGGUAUCUCCGGUCAGGAAGGCAUCCAGGCCGUACUGGCCAGCGACUACUCCUUCUCCCAGUUCCGCUUCUUACAGCGUCUUCUGCUGGUACACGGACGAUGGUCCUACCUCCGCAUGUGCCGCUUCCUCUGCUAUUUCUUCUACAAGAACUUUGCCUUCACCAUGGUGCAUUUUUGGUUCGGAUUCUUCUGCGGCUUCUCUGCUCAGACGGUUUAUGAUCAGUUCUUCAUCACGCUCUACAACAUCGUCUACACGUCUCUACCUGUCCUCGCGAUGGGCAUCUUUGACCAGGAUGUGUCUGAUCAAAGGAGUCUGGAGUAUCCAAAGCUUUAUGAGCCUGGCCAACUCAACCUACUCUUCAAUAAGAGAGAGUUCUUCAUCUGCAUCACUCAGGGUUUCUACACAUCAGUGGUUCUGUUUUUUGUCCCCUAUGCCAUCCUAGCCGACGCUUCUCAGAGUAGCGGAGAACCUCUUGCAGACUACCAGACCUUUGCUGUCACCACGGCAACAGCCUUGGUCAUUGUGGUGAGUGUACAGAUCUCACUGGACACGGGCUUCUGGACCGUUUUCAACCUUGUGUUUGUGUGGGGCUCGUUGGGUUGCUACUUCACCAUCAUGUUUGCUGUGCACAGUCAGAUACUCUUUAGGAGCUUCUCCAAUCACUUCCAUUUUGUAGGCAGUGCUCAGAGUACACUAUUGCAGCCGGUCGUGUGGUUGACUAUUGCAUUGGCAACGGCAAUCUGUAUAGUUCCAGUUUUGGCAUUCCGCUUCCUCAAGUUGGACUUCAAACCUCAGCUCUCAGACACGGUCCGAUACACUCAGCUGGUCCAUCAAAAAAAGCGUAGACCAGCAGGUGGUAGCGUGGCAUCCACCUGGCGCACCUCCGAGGGCCGCCUGGGCGCAAGAGGCGGUUCCCGAAGGUCCGGUUACGCCUUCGCUCACCAAGAAGGAUUCGGAGAGCUGAUCACUUCCGGGAAAAACAUGCGUCUGUCAUCUCUGGCUUUGGCCAGCUUCGCCUCCAGACACAGCUCCAGUUGGAUCGACACCCUGCUGAGGAAGAAGCACACUCACACGCCCCCCAGUCGGUCCGGGGAGUGCACUCCGGCGCUCUCGCACUCUUCUUCGGUUCUGGGGUCCUCGCAGGAGGCACCCAUCGAGGAAGAAACGAUCUGGGACUCUGAGAUGAUUCCCAUGACAUCCCAUGAAGCCUCGAAGGAUCUUCGGGAAAUAGCCAACGGCAUCGACUCAUCCUCUGUUGAAAACCACCCAACUAGAGAGAACAAAAAGAUAUAUGAAAAUGUCGAGAGUGGACCGCUGGGAAUAGAGUGAUACCAUUUUAAAUAUGUCAAUGCUUCUUACAAUGUUUAUGCCAGCAAACAACUGUGACCAUAAAAAACAACAGCAGCAUAUUUCAAGAGAGCAUCUAAUUAUUAAGACAAUAAAAAAAAAAAGCAUCUUAUUGGUUCUCAGUGAGAACAAAAACAAGUUACCAUCAUGUCUUUUUGUUGGCUGCAUCAUAUUGAUGCGUUGAAAGCAGCGUGAUGUAAAUCGGCUUGUAAUGGAAAGUCAAGUAGAAACUCAAACACACUAAUGGAUGUUGGAGCUCAUUUUUGUGUGCCUCUAAAUACACUCUGAAAUGUACUUUAAAUGUUUAGUCAUUUAUUGUUAAUUAAAUGUAAUCAGGUAUUAUCAUGCCACAAUUGUGCUGUGUCGAGUAUGUACUGAUCUAAAUAUAUGUGAACAAUUAAGCCAAGAUGUGAGUGAAUAUGGUGCCCAAAACGAAAUAUUUAUUGUGAAUUGUAAAUUUGCAUAUAUGCUUUUUAUUUCGCAAUAAA